UAAAUUUCAGUUCUUAUUACUAUUCCCACCUUCUCACCCCUCACCAGGGGCCCUCUUCCUCUCCUCCCCCUCCCUCAGAUCGCAAUGAUGCCAUUGGUCGCCGUAGCCACCGUCUGCACUCUAAUUGGCCACAGCCGGCACCGGCCCUCCCAUCCCCAUUCGUCAGUCGAUGAACUCCCGUCGAAGGCCCAUUGGCUGCUCCUCAUUCGGGCGUUCAUUGGUUACGGGAGCGAGCUGGAGGUAACAAGACGGGAGGUGAAGGCUGCUGAGCGAAGAAGGAGGGAAGAAAGAAGAGUGAGGGGCUCGCCGUUGCCGUGGUGACGCCCAGGCACGUGUGCAGUCCCGGAAGUGGCUCCAGGAAGCGGCCGCACGGUGGGGGGGGAGGAAGUGCCGGCCCGGCCCGGCCAUGGAGCGGCCGCCGCCGCCGCUGCUGCCCGCUACCAGGUCCCGACCCCAUCGUCUUCUUCUCCUCCUCCUCCUGCUGCUGCUGUUACUUUUGCUCCCGCCCUCUGAGCUGGGCGCCUCGGCUGAGGAGACCGAUUGGGUCCGACUGCCCAGCAAGUGCGAGGUGUGUAAGUAUGUAGCUGUGGAACUGAAGUCAGCCUUUGAGGAGACAGGCAAGACCAAGGAAGUGCUCGAUACUGGCUAUGGCAUCCUAGACCAGAAAGCUUCCAGAGUCAAAUAUACCAAAUCGGAUCUUCGGUUAAUUGAAGUAACUGAGACCAUCUGCAAGAGACUUUUGGACUAUAGCUUACAUAAGGAAAGAUCUGGCAGCAACCGGUUUGCUAAGGGCAUGUCUGAGACCUUUGAAACACUCCACAACCUAGUCCACAAGGGGGUGAAGGUGGUGAUGGACAUUCCCUAUGAACUGUGGAAUGAGACUUCUGCUGAGGUAGCUGACCUCAAGAAGCAGUGUGAUGUGCUGGUGGAAGAAUUUGAGGAAGUGAUUGAGGACUGGUAUCGGAACCACCAGGAAGAAGACCUAACCUCCUUCCUCUGUGCCAAUCAUGUGCUAAAGGGGAAGGACACAAGUUGCCUGAGUGAGCAAUGGAUCAGCAAGAAAGGGGACACAGCUUCACUGGGAGGGAAGAAAGCCAAGAAAAAGGGGGGCAAAGGCAAAGUGGCCAGCAAGAAGAACAGCAAGCAGAGGAAGGAUUCAGGAAACUUGGAUGGGGACCCUCACCCAGAGGAGGAUGAGGGUGUCCAGAAAGCCACUCCUCUCACACACAGCCCCACCGAUGAACUGUAGAAUCUAACCAAACACCCCAUCUACUAUACUAGGGGUGUGGAGGGAAGCCCUUGACUGAGGGAGACUCUCUUUUCUCAUGUGCCUCUGGCUGACAAGGAUGGACUCCCCAGCCCUGGGGGGUUCAGUGCACCCCGUGCUGUGCCCUUGUCCUGCUGAGGAUUACAGAGCCUGCCCUUCUUUUUCCCUUCCUGGCAGCCACUUCUCCCCUGGGCUUCCAAGAAGAGUUGUGUAGGGGUCCCAGAGCUAAGAACUGCAUUGUGAACCUACGAGGGAUGGGUCUGAGCAUUGCUGAGCCCUCAGGGAGGACUCCAUCCCUCAUUGUCCCAUGGGUGCACCCCACCUUCUUCCAGUAUGGGUGGUUCAGCAACACCACUCCCCUAUAUCAGAAACACCUCUCUCCUGGCCCUGCUUCUACCAGGGACACCUUCCUCACCCCAAUACUGGUCGAGGCUGUCUUCCCCAGGGCCCUAGCCCCACCACAGCCAUGAGAUUACCAGUCUAUUCUUUCCCCACCCAUUUUACUGCACAAUGUGCAGAGUAAAAAAUAUUUGGCCUUUUUACUCAGUGUACUAACCACCCCCUUUUCUCUGCCUCUCAGUGGGUUUGCUUCCAUCCUUCUACCCAGAAUUCAUGGGACUUGGCACAAGGAUGGUGCAGAGGGUAGUGAAUCUUUUUAGCCUUUGGCUUCCCACUUACCUAAGAAAGUUCUUUCAAGCUAAUCUGGAAGAGCCAGGACCAAGAGGGAAUCCUGGGAAGCCUGAGUGCUGGGGUUGAUGAGGAUGGUGGGAGUCAGCACAGAGGAGGAGGAUGGCCCAAUUCUAGCAUGGAGAUCGGCUGUUACGCCCUUCAGUUUCAUGCUGGCCCCUACUCCAAUACAGCUGGGCCUUGAAAAGUGACUCCAACAAGGACAGUAUGUAAACACCCCACUCUAAAGAAGGACAUUCUAGAGCAACAAGA